CAGCUCCGGCUCAGAACCGGGCUGACACAUCCCAUCCAGUCGGCUCCGGCGGCUCGGAACCAGCCAGCGGAAUGUCGCCAUCGGGCCGGGCCGAGCGCGCGCGCGCUCCCCGCGGACAGCAGCGCGUCUAGCUGCGUGUCCUCCCGCAGAUGCUCCCCGCCGGCGCGAACCCGUCCUCCGCCACGCCGAGCGUCCGGACCGCAGGAUGCAGGUGAAGAACCAGCUCUGCACCGAGCGGAGCGGCGCCGACGAGCCGGAGCCGGAGCCGGACAGCCAGAAGAAGAGCUCCUGCUUCUCCAACAUCAAGAUCUUCCUGGUGUCGGAGUGCGCGCUCAUGUUGGCCCAGGGCACCGUGGGCGCGUACCUGGUCAGCGUCCUGACCACGCUGGAGCGCCGCUUCAACCUCCAGAGCGCCGACGUGGGCGUCAUCGCCAGCAGCUUCGAGAUCGGAAACCUGGCGCUCAUCCUCUUCGUCAGCUACUUCGGCGCCAAGGCCCACCGGCCCCGGCUGAUCGGCUGCGGCGGGAUCGUCAUGGCGCUGGGCGCCUUGCUGUCGGCGCUGCCCGAGUUCCUGACGCACCAGUAUGAGUACGACGCCGAGGACUCGUGGCACGCCGAGGACGGCCGGGACGUCUGCUCCAACGCCUCCAGGUCCGAGAACCCAGAUGCAGGAUUUAACUGUGGCAACCGGGCCAACACCAACAUGAUGUACCUGCUCCUGAUCGGGGCCCAAGUCCUGCUGGGGAUCGGCGCCACGCCGGUGCAGCCGCUGGGGGUGUCCUACAUCGACGACCACGUCCACAGGAAGGACUCGUCUCUGUACAUAGGUAUUUUGUUUUCCACGUUAGUGUUCGGACCGGCCUGCGGCUUCAUCCUGGGAUCCAUGUGCACCAAAGUCUACGUUGAUGCCGUGUUCAUCGACACCAGUACUCUGGACAUCACCCCCGACGACCCCCGCUGGAUUGGGGCGUGGUGGGGCGGCUUCCUCCUCUGUGGUGCCUUACUUUUCCUGUCGGCCAUCUUCAUGUUCGGCUUCCCGCAGGUCCUGGACCAGCAGGACGGUGGGGGGGAGAGCGAGCAGGCCAUGCUGCCCCCCUCCGUCAGCCCGGACUGCCCGGGCCCCAAAGCCGUCUACGGCUUUGACAUGAACAGCGGGCUGUCGGUGUGCCAGCAUCUGCGAGUGAUCCCGCGGGUCACUCGGCACCUUCUGUCCAACCCGGUCUUCAGCUGCGUCACGCUGGCCGCCUGCAUGGAGAUCGCCGUGGUGGCUGGCUUCGCCGCCUUCCUGGGGAAGUACCUGGAGCAGCAGUUCAACCUCACCACCUCCUCGGCCAAUCAGCUGCUGGGUCUGACCGCCAUCCCCUGCGCCUGUCUGGGGAUCUUCCUCGGAGGGCUGCUGGUGAAGAAGCUCAACCUGUCGGCUCUGGGCGCCGUCCGCAUGGCGGUGCUGGUCAACCUGGUGUCCACCGCCUGCUACGUGUCCUUCCUCUUCCUGGGCUGUGACACCGGCCCCGUCGCCGGGGUGACCGUGGCCUAUGGCAACGAGAGCCUGAGGUCGUGGCAGCGCCCCGAGUCUCCCUGCAUCAGCACCUGCAACUGCUACACCGCCUCCGUCAGUCCCGUCUGCGGAUCCAACGGAGUCACUUACCUCUCGGCCUGCUUCGCCGGCUGCACCAAGCCGGUGAGUGAGCGUCGGCACCUGUCCUCGCCGCCUCCACUCACGUCUUCCUCCUCCGGGUGCCAGAACCUGACGGGCUGCACCUGCGUGUCCAGCAGCGCGGACGAGGCGGUGGCUCUGCCCGGGAAGUGUCCCAGUCCCGGCUGUCAGCAGGCCUUCCUCACCUUCCUGUGCGUCAUCUGCGUGUGCAGCAUGAUCGGCGCCAUGGCCCAGACGCCGUCCGUCAUCAUCCUCAUCAGAACCGUGAGUCCGGAGCUCAAGUCCUACGCGCUGGGCCUGCUCUUCCUGCUGCUGCGGCUGAUCGGCUUCAUCCCGCCGCCGCUGAUCUUCGGGAUGGGCAUCGACUCCACCUGCUUGUUCUGGAGCUCGGUGUGCGGGGAGAAGGGCGCCUGCAUGCUCUACGACAACGUGGCCUACCGACACCUGUACGUCAGCAUCGCCAUCGUGCUCAAGUCGUCCGCCUUCCUGCUGUACGCCACCACCUGGCAGUGCCUGCGCAAGAACUACAGGAAGUACAUCAAGAGCCACGAGGGCUACCUGACGCCCACCGAGCUCUUCUCCUCCAACGUCACGCUGGACAAUCUGGGCCGAGAGCUGAGCCACAACCCGGCCAGCAGGACCAAGUUCAUUUACAACCUGGAGGAGCCCGACACCUGCGACAACAUGGAGUCCGCCUUGUAGAGGGUCACCAAGGCCAAUCCUGUCGCCCCCUGCUGUCAGGGAGUGAGGCCGCACCUUCAGCCGCGUUCCAUUCCACAACUCGAAGCUCUCUUUUGUUGACGACUGCACACCACACCGAGAAUAGCCGCAUGCUGAUCCGACCUACGCUAGCAAGUGCGAAUGCUAACACGCUACGGAUAAAGAGUUUUACUGUGAUACUGUACUCUGCUGAAGGAGACUCACCAAACAUAUUUAUCGCCGGUGCAGCAGUGGGUCCCCUGAUGCCGGGAGCCCGGUGGGGCAGAGGAGGCGGGGCAAACUUGUAGCUUCACCGUUUCAACACGUAGCAUUAGCCGCUGUGUGAGUCGUCCGUCAUUUAGCGACAGUGACAUCACCAGCUUUAGCUUUCGGCUAACACUUGGUCGUACCUCAGUGUUGUGCGCGUCAAGGCGGACUGGUUAGGAACAAUGGAGGGCGUGAGACAUGAAGCAGCGCAGAGGUUUCCUGCAUGACGAUCCAGGGGGCGCUAGAGCAGCCAGGUGGGCUGUGACUCUGGCAGAGGAACCUGUGACACUUUUGUUGUGUGAGGUGCUGGAAAGCAGCACUCCACAAACGCUGGAAGGAUUUGGCCGUGUGGGGGCGCUAACUGAACAGCGUUGUGAUUUUUUUCAAAUGUCAGGCUUGCGGUCUCACGAGCAAGUCCCGUAUUUUGACGUCACAACAUGGUGAACUCUGGACUCACAAGACUCUGUCUGGACUGGACUUGAGCGUGACAGUAAAGGUGGCGAUGUUGAGCUCAAUUCUCCAAUUCUCCAUUUGAAAGCUCGGGGGUUGGCGGCUCUCUCCAGCGCGCGAGUGACUCGACGCGUAUUUGUGGUCGGAUGAAGAUUCAUUGCUUUUACUUGAAACUUGACGCUGAAUUGACGCUAUCUGCGGCGCCAGCUAAGAUUAGGUGAUGAUGUGAUCCCACUACCUUAAGCUGCUCAGAGUUCGGCCGCUCACAUGUUCUUAAUGGAUGCUUCCUCCUCUCAUCGCCACAAAUCCGCAAACAUGUCACUGAAAUCGAGUCCAAGUCGGAAACAUGAGACCAUAAGAACCAAGGUGUCGGGACAGAUUCCUCAGCGAGCACAUUAUGUACAUCACAAGGACACGCAGAUAGCUAGCUAGCUAGCAAGCAGACAAGCGCUAGCUGUGUGAGUCCAUGGCUAACGCUCGUCUGGACUGUUGCUGCUUCUGCAGCACAGCAACAGGAACCAAAACACAGAGGGAGCGUUUGUUUGUCGCUCUCAAAUUGUCGUCUCCGCUCACACUCUCCUUCUUGACUGCACUGCGCGGUCUUCUCUCCUCGGAGCCCGUUUCUCCUCACACUGACAUGUCUGCGUCGCACCACACCAAUUAGCCGGCUCACAUGCGCCCCCACGUGUUCAAGUGAAUCAGUAUUGACCAGUCAACAUAGCUGAGGUGCCACGCUAGCUCGCUGCUUUCACCUCUCUGUUGACGCUACUUUGCUGAAGGUGUUUAACUGACAGACGGAACCGAGAUGCACUCAGAUCAAAGCGCGAUGAAACAGCGUGAAUGUGAAGUCGCCAGAAAGUUUAUUAUAAAUAGAUAUGACUAGCUUAUAAGAUGAUAGUCAACAAAGCAUAUAUCUUUCUUUUAACAAAAGUAGCGCCUCCUAGUGGCCUGUCCAUUAUAGUGCAUGUUAGCUGCUAUACAACAUCCACUAGCAUGUUAUUUAUGGCGCAAUAGCUCUCAUUCUAUUUACGCUUGUUGGUCAAGGAUGCUAGCAGCUAGCCAAAGAGGAAGCCGCUGUCAAGGAAUGUAGUUUGUAGUGAGACGUGCUGCUAGCUGCUAGCUGUGCAUCAGGGUUUGGGCUGCAGGUGGCGCAAAGAACAGUUUGACCUCGUCCUCCAGCUCCGACCACGUUAGUUAGCUAAGCGCCGCAGCUGAUUAUCCCGGCACUCUUUUCUUUGCGGUGUUUUUAACUACAGCUCGUAGCUGUUAUACUUGAGAGACACACCACAGCUUCCGUCCCACGCUACAAGCUAGCUGCUUCCCAAUAUGUCGCCGCUGGAGGCCCAUGCAACGCUCCGGAUUCACACGUGACUGGCUUGCUAGCGUCCUUGCUGCCCGUGUUGACGUAGCCCGAGCCGCGCCCGAACGUGAACCUGCGUCUCCUUCUGUGGAGCAGUGUGUCUCUGCAGGAAACCUCUGAAACAAAAAACCUUUGCGAUGUUCGGGGAAAAUGUUUGGUUUUCUGAAGCGCCACUCAAAGUUUUGAUUUGCUCUGUUGCCUUUUUCAUUUUUAUAAUUAAAGUCGUUACAUUUUGAUUAGACGCUUUUUGUGCUGUAAAGUUGGGAAACAUGAUUGUACGUUUGUUGUAAAUACAUUAAAUCUAUUUUUGUUUGUACGUCCUGAGCUGUGUUAUGGCUAGCGUGAGCCGGUGUGGUCCCCACAUCCUGAGCCUCAGCUGCGAAUGCUGGCUCGUCGGUUGUGUGUGUGUGUGUGUGUGAGUAACUGGUGGUGUGUGCCACAGUGCAGAGCGCAUGUGUGUUUCCUCAGAAGUGUGUUGGUGUGGAGAUGUGUUUCACUCUGUGCUAGCUUGUGAUUGCUUCAUUAGAAGUUGCUUUGAAACUCUCAGGUGAACUUAAACGUGAAACAGAAACAGCAAAAGACUUUAAAAGUCAAAAUUAGAUUUGUCUUAAAGUCACACCCCAGCCUCCCGACCAAGAAUUGGUCCCCACUAGUACAGCAGUACGAGGACACACACACACACACCAUUUGGUCGGUCCGUCCUCAGCGCUGGUGCGAGGUAGAACUAGCUGGAUGCCGAUGUGGCAGAUGCUGCUGAAAACACGUCCGGACGGCCAGUCACGUGUCACGCCGGCGUUGGGAGCUGAGAAAAUGGCGGGUCACAGGUCGACCCGUGACUCACCUCUGCGCUGACAUGGACCUGGAUGCUGCUCGGGUUUAUGUGAAGGUCACGGAGCUCGGAGGGUUUCUGAGUGCAGGCGAGCUCUUGGUGCAGUCAGACGGAAACCCGCCGCUCGGUGACGGCGAGCUAGCGUGAGUGGCGACAUGCUACCGACUCGAUGACCGCAGACCUGACAGACGGAUGUGUCUUCCACUUGUCUUCACAUUGACCCGCGACUGACGAGUGGCCGGCCCUGAUGUCUCACCUCUUGAACCCGGAGAACUUGGGCGUGACCCGCUCUGACCCGCACGCUCCGCCGCCCCCCGGCCACCUGCUGAGCCAGAGCUGAGGCUGACCUGAUGGGGCGGCGUGCCACGUCUUGUCAGGGUGCAGAGUGCAGACUCCUUCACGGGGAGGGCCCCGGCAGUGGAGCCGUACCAGGCUUCACGUCUCACCCGCGGCUGUGGACGACACGCGACAGCUCCGCCAGGACUGUUGCGGCAGGUUUUUUUUCAGUGAAAGUGGGGGUCAUUUAUGGUGCUGGACCAACAUGACGGGAAGGAAGGAGCUUUGCAAAUGGGCUUGUCAAAAACUAGUGACAGUUUUCAGUGUGGAAUAUAUCUGGAGAAGAUCAAUCAACAAAUGCAGAUGCUAAAUAAAAACGGAGGGUAAAAUGAGGCCAUCUUUUACGAGGUGGUGCGCCAUGAGCAGUUUCCGGGCUGAUGCCUUGUCUUGUUCCUCACGAGGGCGGAGCCUGAUGGAGGUUUGGUUGGGGGCGGAGUCUGAGGGUUGUUCAGUAGCCAAUGAAAACAGUGAUCAGGGUCGGGAUCUCAAGGCUCAGAAACAGCCUGGAGAGAGGUGGAGCUGGAGGUCGGCCAUGUUGGUUUAUAGUGACGCUGCACCACUCACUUCCUCAGUUCUGACUUCCCUCUGUUCUACGGGUCCAUCAUGGGAAUCUGGACAUCUAGGAUUCAGGAUCCUUCACGUCUGAACCGCGAGCCUUGGCCCCAAGAUUUGUGGUACAAUAUGAGCGUUUGGAGUUGCACUUCAUCUCAACUGGGAGGGAGGGGAUCUGCAGAGGGCGGGGCCAAGGGAGACUCGAGUGACGGCUGGAGUUGGCGGGAAAGUCGCAGUGAUUGGAUGAAAGUUCAGCGCCUCAGCGGAUUGGUUGGAACUGACAGUUGCGAUGUCAACAUCGCCACCUGCUGGAGGGACAGCCUAAUGAACGCCUAAAGUGACCCAACCCUCAAGGACGCCACACGACCUUGGCUUGUCUCACCACGACUCCCAGUGCUCCGUGUGGGUGCGAGCACUGACACUUCUCCAAUUAUCCAGAACAUGCAAAUCAGGAACACAAACCAGCUGUGAAUUGCAAAUAGGGUGUCGCUGUGGUCAUGUGAUCCAUCAUGUGAGCGGCGGCAGCACGGCUCCGGCGGUGACAUCACUGCAGUUUGAUGGUGCUGCUGCUGCUGCGGUCACAUGACCAGGCGUCUCCUGGCAGCCGUCAUUUCCCAGAGUGCAGAGUGGCAACCAGAGACUAGGAAGUGGUCGACGCUCGAGUCCCACCCCGGAUUCCCUCGCCAUCCAUCUCAUCAUCUGUCCUCAUUAACAAACACAACAUCCAUCAAAAUGGCCACCGGCGUCCGACAGUUCCGGUCGCCUCGACGGUUUCCUGGAAACACAGCACUGGAGGCUCCAACACAACAGACAGGCAACACGAGCGUGGCAUGAACAAACACCGAGUUCCAGAGAGGUGAGAGCUCACGUUUGGUCCCACACUGACAGCGCGAAGGUCAAGUCCGGACGCUAAACCGCCAUCAGGUUUGUGUGUGUGUGUGUGUGUGUGUGUGUUUCAGUCGUGUGAUGGACUGGUGACACGUCCUCUGAGGACGGCGCCUCUCACCGAGUGUCAGCUUCCUUCACCUCAAGCCAGUGCGUGCGUGUGUGUGUGUGAGUGUGCGUCCUCUGGAAGACGGCCCUCCUCUGAUGUCACGGCGAGGACAGAUGAGUCUGGACGGGCUCUGACUCGCGGGUGAGUCUGACCUGAAGCGUCCCAGCAUCACCACUGCACUGCCUUCUGUCUUUCACUGGAGUGUGUGUUGGGUUGAGCUGCGCUUGUGGGGCCACUUCUUGGAAACAGGAGCCCACAAGGUUAUGUCUGAAUUACAGUGUUAAAGCGUCAAAAUAAGCGGCUUCCAGUUUGGUUCCAAGUCCUGAUUGAGCUGAGCCAGGAGAGGUCCCCGCAAGGAUGCAGAGACACACGUGUGUGAAGCGUGCAUGUGAGCAGGAGCCACAGUCAGGCGUGUUCCUCUCUGAUGCUCUUCUCCUGUGAAGCUCUGCACACCUGUCUCUGAGCUCCAGGACCUUCGUAUCUCCCGUGGUCCCUCCUCCUCCCCCACCCCUAUGAUGACGUCAUCCGGUGAGAGCGCCACCCUCACCUUCGCCGCUCUCCACCCACCUGUCCCAGAUCAGCCCCCAGGACGCUCCUCUCAGGUGAGCACAGUCAGGGGUCAUAAUGUUCUGGCUCAUCCGAGCUGCUCUCAGGAACUAACUGAUUUUAAUGUGUGGUACUGGUUCACGACCAACAGGGGGCGCCAGAGACAAGGAAAUGAUGGACGAGAGCAACUCCGUCACGUGAUUUAUGUCAGACAAGGAACUUUUUUUUCCAUCAAUUGUGUGUCAUGUACUGAAACCGUCUGCUUCUCUUCCGUGAGCUUCUGACACUGCAGCCAGAGACUUGAGCUAAACAAAGUCCACCGGUGCCAGAACACAAGACUGGACUGACUCUCACAAACAGCGUUUCGUUCCU